CCCAUUCUUCAGGCAGGGGGCGGGAGAGAGAUACUGUAGAGCAGACCAACAGCAGGCUCUUGGAAAUCUGCUCUUCCCCUCACCACCACCACCGCUGCGUAAUCAGGCAGGUCCAGGGCUGAGGCGCACCGAGCCACACAGAGCUUUGCUUAUUGAUAAGACUCCUUGGAAGACUCCCGUGCGACGUUAUUUCAGACGCUCAGCUCGUGAGCUGGACUUUUGGACGCAUCACGGUUAAAGAGACCCUUGACAAUUGCGACAAGCGGAGUGAAUUGGAUUUUUUUCAUUUAUGAUCCUUGGAAUAAUUGAAACUUUACUUACUUUUCUGAGUGUGUCCUGGAUAGUUUUGGACCGUUGUUGCUUGGAAAUGUCUUUGAAUACUUUCUUAAUUACAUUUAUUGCCGUUCACUUGCGCGUUUAGCAGAAAAACGCAAACUUGUGCGCAAGUGAAGUAAAUAGAGAAAACUGAACACCACGUUGAAGAGAAAGUGAACUUGGAGGUUUAUUAUUAAUCCAGCACGGAGGAGUUUUUUUUGUUUUUUUUUUAACAAGAGUGCACGAGCGCUUUCUCCUUCUUCUUCUUCUUCUUCUUCUUCGGAUAUCUCUGCUGGAGAGACAACAGUGUGGACAGGCCAUCUACGCGCGCGCAGCUCCUCAGGGCGAGCCGCUGUCCCCCCGCGCGCAGUGCUGAGGAGAGAGGGACUCUCGCGCUUCCAUAAAUGCCCGGUCCGUCGAAGAGGCUCGAGGCUGGGCAGCAAGAUGAGCUCGUGGGUACAGCUGCUGCUCGUGUUGCUGGCGGCGUGUCUGCGGUUUGGCGUGGCCGAGGGGGACCCUCUGCCUGCAGCCCUGGUGGAGCUGGUUAGAAACAGCCCCAUCUCUUCCAUAGAAGACCUUCAGCUGCUGCUGCUCACUGACUCCGUAGAUGAGGAGGACGGGACUUCUGCAGCCAAUGGAGGUCACAGACUACCAAGGAGUCUCGACGCCCAGCCAGCUCAGCAGGCUCAGUGUAAAGUUCGUACAGAGGUGGUUGAGGUCACCAGGGCAAUGUUGGACCGUAGCAACGCUAACUUCCUGUUAUGGCCGCCCUGCGUCGAGGUGCAGCGCUGCUCUGGCUGCUGCAACACCAAGAGCCUGCAGUGUGUCCCUGUUGUCACGCACACCAGAUACUUACAGGUCAUGAAGAUCGAGUACAUCAACAAAAGACCCACUUACGCUAAAGCCGUGGUGUCAGUGGUUGAUCAUGUGGAGUGUCGUUGUCAGCCCACUCCACGUUCCCCAGUGCCCAAGAAAAAGUCAUCUCGCAGACAGCACAACCACCAGCAUCGAAACCAGACACUCAGCCAAGAAUACGGACACGGACAGGUCAAGGUGCACUCCAAGGAUGAACUCCAUCAGUGGGAUGAGUUGAAGCAGAACCAGAGGGUCCACCUGGAGGACCUCCUGGAGCAGCACUGGAACCCCAGAGGAGACACCUUCACUCAGCCUGGAGAAGGGUACAGCCUGGCUGGGGAGGACACAUCUCGCUCUGGAGAGGCUAUUCUUUUUGGCCCACACUGGGUACAUAACUCCACCAGGCACCAUGGGACUAAAGACCAAACCGAGAAUCCGGAGAAUGUGGAGAGGAAGAAUGGUAAGAUCUCAGAUGGCAACAAGACUGUUUCCUCAGUGGAUAAUGUUAGCGUUGAAGUAAAGAACAAGUUGGUAGAAGGUGGGGAUGGGUUGCUUCUGAACAGAACUGAAGAGGAAGUUAAUGAGGAAAACGGGAGGGACGAAGGCACACAAACACAGAGUCCAUUACGGCAAGAAGACAAAUCCAAAAUUUCAAAGAGCCACACAAGUGGUUUCUCUCACCCUGUUACCCAGAAUCCUCAAGCCAAGUUCACUCCUACUGAGGUGACCAGUGAGAGAGCUGGGAGCAGGUUCCGACCAACCAAAGAGCCGAAUCCAGAGCCCCGAGAACAGGCAAGACGGAGAGGCAAUGAGACUCCUGAGGAGGUGAGGAUAUUACAGAUUGAGGAGGAAAAACUGGAGCAGGAGAGAAAAGAGCUUCUACUUCUCCACAAGAGGCUGGACCAAGAGAAGGAGAUGCUGAGACAGCAGCAGAUGAAACGAGAAGAGGAGGAAAGGCAGAAAGAAAAGGACAUGGAACGUCAACAGCACCUGCAUGGUAAACAUAACCAUCACCUGCAAACGACAACAACACAGAAACCAGUGACAACAUCUACGUCUACCACGCGACAGCCAUCAGCUCCAGCAGGCCCCAGGCCUCAAGCCCGUCCAAAGAGGAAGAUGAGGAAGAAUCGCAAACGGAUCAGCAAGGCAGCUAUGAGAGCAAUGCUAAUGUAGAACUAAAACAAGCCCAGGCACACAAAGUGAACUUGGUGUAUUUUGUGGAUCCAGAGGUGAAGCAGAGUGACUCCCUUCAUAUAAGUAUUUAUUCACUUGUCAGUAACCUGCUCGUCCUGUGAGAUCUCCUCCAUAACACUACUAAUGUCUGUCUGGUGAACCUGUAACUACGCCUGUCUGGAGUAGGAGGAGGGUAAGAAGAAAAUGGAAUAUAAAUAGAAGGUGGACCUUGUCAAGAGAACACUUGCCUCUACACCGACAGUUGGCUGGUAUGAAGUAACGAGUGGCACUCGAAGACUGACAAAUUGUGUGCAAGCACAGUACUUGUGGGGGACUGAAACUGCAUCGCUGUAGAACUGUGGAAAAUAGUGCAAUUUCAAAACUCUUCUGGAAGCCUUGUUUUGAUAUCAACAAGAGAAACUGCACUUAUACGUUGACAGAACCAAGUCAAUAUGGGGUUUAAAUGACACAGUUUGUUUGCUGAAAGACUUUCUCAUAACCACAAUCAGACUGGACUACAAAGUGCAUUUGGUGGCAAAAUGGACAUAAAAAUGGGCACAACUCUCUUGUGCCAUUGAAGAAUCUGUUAUAUUGUGUUUGGAUAAUCUUAGAGACAAUCAUCAAUAGAUUCAGCAACAAGUAAUGUUGACUAAAAUGAGCAGUAUUUUCAUGUGUGACAGAAGUCAAAUACUGAGGGCUCAGUGUUGGGAAGAUAAAGCUGUGUAGAUUUACCGUACCAAGGCCUGAUAUCAUUUAUUAGCAAAACAGCAAUGGUCUCUCUUUAACCAUAUUUAAUUAUAUUUAAUUAAAUGCAAACACUGGAAUCAUACAGAUGCGAUUUGAGAACAAAAACAUAAAAUGUUGCAUUAGGGAGUUUUGUCUGUUUCAAAAUCUCAUCACAGGUGUGAAGAAAAAGGUGCUAUCUGAAUACAGGUGAUAGCAUUCCACUUGUGACCUGACAUUGUGCUAUGUUUCUUAUUUAUUUAUCUCUACCAUUACUGUGGAUUAACUUUCUAUACAAAUACUGCAAACAAGGUGACAGAUGUGGUUGAGAUAUGUAACAAUGGCUGCGUGCAAAACAAUCAAAACCCUUCUGUGACUUUCCCAGGAUCAUGCAGUGUUUAACUUCUAUGUUAAAAAGUGUGCAUGUGUGUUGUAUAGUGAGUGUAUGGGCUUUAGUUCACGCCGCCUACACUUCUUAUGCAUCUCAAUACUCAUGUAGAAGAAUCUAUCUGUUUCUCGUCGUCUCUUUCUCUCUUUGAUAAAGACGUGUGUCUCUUCCCCCGAUUGCUUUUUGGUAGAAACAGUCACAUUGGUUUUAAACUCUGAGAGGAGGGGAAAGAACAUUAUUUUUCUUCAAGUCCCCCCACCGUAUUUGUUUUAUUAAUCUACAACACAUUGUUUUCAACAUUUAAUUUACAGGAAACUAUCAUCAGUAGGUAGUCACUUAAAAGGACAGUAAAGUGUCAAAGAUUGCAAAUGUAGAUAUUGUUUUUAUGUCCUUUAUAUUUCAGACAACACGUUUAGAAAUACACUGGUGAUGCAUUUUGUGUCCAAUAAUCCAUAAUCAACCAAACAUCUUAAGUUAUUGAAAAACAUGGUUUGUACGCUCUUCAUGCCAACUUACAACUGUUACUGAUUUUGUCUGUUUUACUAUAAGAUAUGAUGAAAAAACAGAAUGUUUGUGAUAACGUUGCCACCUAAUGCUAUUUUCAUAUGGCUAUAAGAAGCUAAUGUGCUUAAAUCUA